CAGGCGCCCCAGCAGCCUAGAGCACUGAACUACAAUGACCAGCGUGCCUCGCGCUCAGUGCCCCCCUUCUCUUGCGGUCUAGAGCCAAGGGGAGGAUCAGCGGACUCGCUGAGAACCGAUAUGUCGGCCACACUGGGCAGCGGGGAGCGCUGGACCGAAGCUUACAUUGAUGCAGUUAGAAGAAACAAAUACCCAGAAGAUCAACCUCCUGAGAGUCACGAGCCGUGUGGUUGCUGUGACUGUAUGAAGGCACAAAAGGAAAAGAAGUCUGAGAAUGAGCGGAACCAGACCCGGCAGGGUGAGGGCAGCUCCACUUACACUGAGGAGCAGCUGCUUGGGGUACAAAGGAUCAAGAAGUGCAGAAAUUACUAUGAAAUUCUGGGAGUUGCCCGAAAUGCCAGCGAUGAAGAACUUAAGAAAGCUUAUAGAAAACUGGCCCUGAAGUUUCACCCUGAUAAGAACUGUGCUCCUGGAGCAACAGAUGCUUUCAAAGCGAUCGGCAAUGCCUUUGCAGUCCUGAGCAAUCCUGACAAGAGACUCCGCUAUGAUGAAUAUGGGGAUGAACAGGUGACUGUCACUGCACCUCGAGCCAGACCUUAUAAUUAUUACAGAGACUUUGAAGCUGACAUCACACCAGAGGAGCUAUUCAAUGUCUUCUUUGGAGGACAUUUUCCUACCGGAAAUAUUCAUAUGUUUUCAAAUGUGACCGAUGACAUUCAAUAUUACCGCCGGCGGCACCGACACGAAAGGACACAGACACGGAAGGAAGAGGAAGAAGAUAAAGCUCAGACUACAUAUUCUGCAUUUAUCCAGUUACUUCCAGUUCUUGUGAUCGUAAUCAUAUCUGUUGUUACUCAACUGCUGGCUGCUAAUCCUCCAUAUAGCCUAUUCUAUAAAUCAACGCUGGGCCACACCAUCUCUAGAGAAACCCAGAACCUGCAGGUGCCUUACUUUGUGGAUAAAAACUUCGACAAGGCCUACAGAGGAGCUGCUCUUCGUGACCUGGAGAAGAUAAUAGAGAAGGAUUACAUCGAUUACGUCCAGACAAGUUGUUGGAAGGAGAAACAGCAGAAGUCGGAGUUGACAAACUUGGCAGGAUUAUACCGAGAUGAACGAUUGAAACAGAAAGCAGAAUCACUGAAACUUGAAAACUGUGAAAAACUUUCCAAACUAAUUGGCCUCCGCAGAAGUGGUUGAGAGGGUGAUAGGUCUCGUAUGGGGUUGGGGUUUUGUUACUUAUUACUAUUUAUGUUCCUAAUUCCAUUUUAUAAUAGAAAGUUAGGACAAGAUGAACAUUUUCCUAUUUGCUAAUGUUCGUUGGGCAGAGUUGAAGGAAUUGAGCACGGAGCCAGACUGGUCACCAGAGUAGCCUUCCCUGCGCAGGGGAGGUCCUUUGAGUUACAUGAGUGGCAGAGUAUUUCCCUCAGCCCCUGCUCCAUUCCUGCCUGGCCUCUGUGAAUGCAGUUCAGGGAACCAGAGCACAUCCAAAUCUGUUUUUCCUGCGACUAUUUGAUUACAGAGCAGCAGUCUGUUUUCAGCCAAGUAUGGUGACACACACUUAUAUGCCCAGCACUCAGGAGGCUGAGGCAGGAAGAUCACUAAGAUUUUGAGGCCAGCCUGGGAUGCUUUAUAGUGUGUUUAAGGCCAGCCUAAACUAUUGAGAUGCUGUAAAAAAAAAAAAAAAAAUCUGUUUUGGAUUUAGAAAGGAUGGAUUUCUUCCUUCUUACCUUCUUCAGUGAAACCUCAAUAUCCAGGCAUUCCUAGGCUUAUCCAAAGCAGUUUCAUGUUAUUUAUGUCCGCUAAGAACUAGACUUCUCUUCCUGUGGGGUCAUCAGCACCCUGGGGAUGCAGCCUUUGGAACUUUUUCCUACUCAACUGUCCAUUUUCUAAGGGGAAUGGAGAGGAAGGAAAGCUGUUUAGCCUGUAGUUUUCUAUUACCCCAAUCUUUGUUCAGUCAAGGAACGUUAGCAAAUUGCCUGAUUUGAGGCUCCUUUAUUUUCUUAAUCCUCUCUCUGGCAGAGGGACCAGAAAAAAUCGAAGACUGUGAAACAGUUGAGCAAACAGCUCAGCAGCAGAAAGGAUGCUGGGCAGAAGCUGAAGUGAAAGCUUUUCCCCACUCCUCAGUCAGAUUCCACAUCUGCUGUAGGAGGCAGAGACGCUCCCCUGUGUGAUUUCCCUCAGGGUCAUCACUUGGAAUCGUCACAUUUGAGCUGAGUCCCCGCAUCCCUGUGUACAGCUGCCAGGGCAGACAAGCAGCAUUGCCAGCAGCCAGCCGUGGCUCUAGCCUGGAGGUGCAGGGAGACGUCCUGACUAGUGACGGCCUCUGCAGUCAUUUUGGGUAAAGCAAUGUCCGAGAGUUUGUGGUGUGAGCUGCUUUUUCAUUCAUUCACUGUUUACUGAGAGCUUACUAUAAAGCCAGGACUCUCCCUGAGCAUUUUGUUACUUGAGCCUCCUGGCAACUCUGUGCAGAUAUUCCAUCUGUUUUGGUCUGGGUCACACCGUGGCCAGGUGGUAGGGCAAUUGUCAAGUAGAAAGCGUGAGAGGUCACCUUUAGUUCUCAGGGGAUCCUGGUCAGACUCUUUCCCAGGGAGGCCUCUGUACCUGCCACCCCAGAGCACCCCUGCAUCUCUCUACAGAUGCCUACAUCCCUUUGGGACAAUUUCCCUGCUGGCCUUUAGGAAGCUGGGUCUUCACUAUACAAGUCCCAUACGCAGAAUAGGAGGUCCCUCAAAGGCAGGCGAGCUUUCCUGCUGGUGACAAGAACUAAGGUAUCACCUCGGCUACAUGUACCAGGCCUUCCUGUGGAGGUGAGUGACCAGGAGUGAGCUGCCACAUCAUCCCAGCAAUGUCCAGUGUGGUUCAGCACAUCUUGCUCCAGAGGCAGAAUGGGCCUUUAGUGGCAGGUGAGAGACAACUGCUCAACUAAGGAGAGGUGGAACAGGUCUACAAACAGCCAGGCUUCUCUCAAACUCAUGAUCCUCCUGCCUCAGCCUCCAGACUAGCCGGGACAGGCAUGUGCUGCCACUCCCAGUUUUCCUGGUUUUAUUUAUAUUUUUAUUUUUGUCUUUUUAAAACAGGGUCUCAUUAUGCAGUUCAGGCUGGCCUUGAACUUACUUUGUAGCCCAGGCUGGUCUCAAAUUUGCAACAAUUCUCUUGCCUCAGCAUCCUGCGUGCUGAGUGCUGACUACAAGUGCGUGCCACCAUGCCCAGAUUUUCCUGGUUGGGGGCCUCCUUGACCUCUCGGUGACAGGGGAUUUACACUAUAAAAUGGGCUUCUGGAAAGUUCCUUUACACACAAAAAUCAAAGCUCUCCUCACCCUUAACCUCUGCCAGAAAACAGGCCACACUGAAAGGACAGGUUAAAAGGCCCUGCUCUAGAUGCCCACGAAUAGCGUAGUCACAUUUUACAGACUUCAUAGUAGUGAUGAGUCAUCUGUGAUGAUGCUAACUAGAGGUGGUACUGACUUCAUUGUCAUGCUGAUGUCUAUUUUUAUAGCAUUGAUGGUACCUUUUUUUUGUUACUAAUAGGCCACAGACUCCCAUCUGGUUUUUCUCAAACUGUCCUUUGGCUGAAGGACAGUUGAAUCUACUGUAUUUGAUACUGUUAAACUCUACUAAUUUCCUUGGUUAUGUUUUAGAUGGGUUGUCUGCACAGUGGUAAAAUAAGCUUCUUUCCUCUUGCCUGCAUCCUUUGGAAGACUCCCUGAUAGCACAGAACCUCUUCCAGUGACGCUGUGCCCAUGGUUGGAGCUUGCACCUGCUGCUCUGUUGCUCUGAAUUCCCGAACCCUGCAGCUGGCACCAGGAGUGGGGCUGAGACACAGGGCUUGGGGCUCCUGCAGAACCCAGAGCUCUGUUCCAGUGACCAGCAUUGAGGAGGGAUGAAACGCCUUCUCAUCAUGACAGCACCACCCUGGCAGAAAUCCAUGUCCCCAGGUGUCAUCUGCUCAAACUUCUGAGCUUCUGUGAUCAGCCCCAGGCCCAAAGUUUGGGAGCAGGGACCAAUAAGCAAAGGACAUUGCUCUGCUCACUGGUGGAAAUGACUGGAAAUUGCAUUGGAUGCCAAACCCCACCAGAAUGCCAGCACAGCAGCUGGCCAAGCAGUGCACUCUUCUUAUUUCCUUUCUGGCGCCGUGAGGGGCGCGGGGGUCCAGCAGCGUGGUCACAGCUGGCCACGCAUCCAGUCCAUCGUCUGUGCAUGCACUGCUCCUCACAGGAGCUGGCGCUUCGCUUGCGUUUAUUUUAGAUUCAUUGAAGGUGUUGCCUUAGUGUCCUAAUACAUUUAUUUUUGGCAAGGUUAAGUCACUACACAUAUUUUUGAACCUGCAUUGCUGAUACCUCAUGCAGUGGCCACCAACUGCCUACCCGUGUGUUCGCUAUGGAUGGCACUAUUUGCAUCCCUCUCAGUGUUCUGAAUUAAAGAUGUGACUGUUUGGUGACCAGAGUUAGGGAUGACCCAUGAAAUCAGCUCCUGGUAGAGUAAGAAUCCUGAAAACUCUGGCACCUGAUCCACUGCAUCUAGAUUGAGUGUAUUUUAACGAAGAAAAACAUUAAAUGAUUUUUCUAUAAAGAGAA